CUCGAAAAAAUGAUGCUUAUAUACACAUAAACGAAUCAUUUUAGUAUAAGCAAUUCAACGACAGUCUCACCUCUCAAGAUUACGGAGCAUGGCUACAGGCACUGCGAAUGUUGAUUCACCACAGUCUCUCCCUUCAAGAUUACUAGGACGAGUCGCUCUUGUUACCGGAGGUUCUGCAGGAAUCGGGGAGAGCAUUGUGCUGCUGUUUCAUAAACAUGGUGCAAGAGUUUGUAUAGCCGAUCUUCAAGACGACCAAGGCCAGCGUCUGAUUGAAAGCCUAGGUGGCAGCUCAGACGUCGCCUUUAUCCACUGUGAUGUGACAAAUGAAGAUGAUGUCAAGCGUGCUGUGGACUUCACUGUUGACAAGUUCGGUACCCUUGACAUAAUGGUGAACAAUGCCGGGGUGUCAGGCGCGCCCUGUCCAGAUAUCCGGGACUUUGAGCUCUCUGAUUUUGAUAAGGUGUUUGAUGUGAAUGUGAGAGGUGCUUUCAUUGGAAUGAAGCAUGCAGCUCGCAUAAUGAUUCCAGCGAAGAAAGGGUCGAUAAUAUCGGUUGCCAGUGUGUCGAGCGCCUUGGGUGGCAUCGGGCCCCACGCAUACACAGGGUCCAAGCAUGCUGUUUUGGGGCUCACCAAGAAUGUGGCGGCGGAGUUGGGAAAACAUGGCAUACGCGUAAACUGUGUGUCGCCAUAUGCUGUUGCGACGGGGUUGGCACUAGCUCACUUGCCUGAGGAGUUGAGGACUGAGGACACAUGGGCUAAUUUUCGUAGCUUUGUGGCGAACAACGCAAACUUGCAAGGCGUGGAAUUGACUGCGGAGGAUGUGGCUAAUGCUGUGGUUUUCUUGGCUAGUGAUGAGGCAAGGUAUGUGAGCGGCAUCAAUCUCAUGGUUGAUGGAGGCUUCACAUCUACAAACCAUGCCCUUCAAGUAUUCCGGUGAAUCUCAUUUAUAUCUACCUUUUCUUCACAUCUACAAACAAUUGAUAGAUGAUACUUCUUCCAUGAUUUUGAUGUCAUGAUGCUUAGCAUUUGAAAUUUGGUACUUCAAAUAAAAGAAGUGUGUUUUCAUU